CCGUCCCUCCGCCUCCGAGCCCCGGGGCAGCCUCCUCGGGCCGCGCCGGGGCCGCCCGCACUGCGCAUGAGCGGGAGCCCGGCGAGCCCGUGAGAGGAGCCGCCGCCGCCGCCGCCGUCCAUUCGCUGCGGAGCCGGAGGAGGAGGGGAGAGGCCUGGAGGACACCAACAUGAACAAGUUGAAAUCAUCGCAGAAGGAUAAAGUUCGACAGUUUAUGAUCUUCACACAAUCUAGUGAAAAAACUGCAGUAAGUUGUCUUUCUCAAAAUGACUGGAAGUUAGAUGUUGCAACAGAUAAUUUUUUCCAAAAUCCUGAACUUUAUAUACGAGAGAGUGUAAAAGGAUCAUUGGACAGGAAGAAGUUAGAACAACUAUACAAUAGAUACAAAGAUCCUCAAGAUGAAAAUAAAAUUGGAAUAGAUGGCAUACAGCAGUUCUGUGAUGACCUGGCACUUGAUCCGGCCAGCAUUAGUGUUUUGAUCAUUGCAUGGAAGUUCAGAGCAGCGACACAAUGUGAGUUCUCCAAGCAGGAGUUCAUGGACGGCAUGGCAGAAUUAGGAUGUGACAGCAUAGACAAGCUAAAGGCUCAAAUACCCAAGAUGGAACAAGAAUUGAAAGAACCAGGACGAUUUAAGGAUUUUUACCAGUUUACUUUUAAUUUUGCAAAGAAUCCAGGACAAAAAGGAUUAGAUCUAGAAAUGGCCAUUGCUUACUGGAAUUUAGUGCUUAAUGGAAGAUUUAAAUUCUUAGACUUAUGGAAUAAAUUUUUGUUGGAACAUCAUAAACGAUCAAUACCAAAAGAUACUUGGAAUCUUCUUUUAGACUUCAGUACAAUGAUUGCAGAUGACAUGUCUAAUUAUGAUGAAGAAGGAGCAUGGCCUGUUCUUAUUGAUGACUUUGUGGAAUUUGCACGCCCUCAAAUUGCUGGGACAAAAAGUACAGCAGUGUAGCACUAAAGGAACCUUCUAGAAUGUACAUACUGUGUACAAUAAAUGCAACGGAAAAUUGCACAGUCAAUUUCUGCUGGCUGGACUGAACUGAAGAUCAAUCCUCACUAUUCAGACUGAGGGUUGAGACAAAACUUUAAGGAUACAUUUUGGACCAUAUCAUAUUUCAUUCUUCUAAUGGUGGUUUGGGCUUGUCUUCUAGUCUGGGCCGCUCUAAACAUUUAUAAUUCCAACGUUGUGGAUUUCAUCUUAAUCUCUGUGGACCAUCCUAGUUUAUUCUCCCAUAAGUCUUAGAAGCUUGAUGGUGAUUAUUUUGAGGUUUCCAUUCUUGCAUAAAGCACAAUGCUGUCUUCAUCAGAAAACAGUUUGGCAUAUGAAUUAAACAUAAUGAACACCACAAACAAUUUAUAAAAACUUAUAAAUAUAUGCUUUGGGCUAGUUGCAAAGACUAUGCUGAUAGCACUUCCAAUGAGAGUGAUAUAUUUAAGUGUACAGGAUCUGGAAUGGUAUUUUGGUUUGGGGGGAUUUUUUUCCAGGAAAAUCACAUGUAUUGUUGACAUAGAGUAUCUGAUGACAGAAAUAGCAGAACAACCAUCGUGAAAAAUUUUUAGAAUAACUUGCUGCCUACCUGGAAAUGUGUUUUAGACUCUUGAUUUCAAAAAGGUUCCACAGAAUUAGUCUGCAUUUACCGUAUCCAUGUUUAUAGGUAAUGGUCCUACAGGGAGCUUUUAUUCAGCAAAUAUCUGCAUCAUGUUAGGCACCACUGUUGUCUACAUUAUGCACCACAUAAUUGGAUUUCAUUAUGCUUUUGAAAUGCUUCUAUGCCUAUCAAAUAAGUUAAACUAUUUAAUUUGUUUUGAAUGUUUUGAAUUGCUAUACAAUACAAUAUCCUAAAUUUAGGCAUGAGGGUUCAUCUUUUUUUUUUUUUUUUUUUUUUUUCCUUUUUGGUCAUCGCGCUAUGGAACACAAAUGAAAUUCUCUUAAUUUAUAAAAGAAUAGUGUAAGUUAAAUUUUGGAAAUGGUUAUGAUGAGCCGUGAAGUUCAAUCUGUAUAAUAUAGGUACUGCUCUUUCAGACAACUAGUCCAUUUUUGAUGACUUCUUAUUUUGUUGAAAUUACUGUAACUGCUAAUCACUGUGGUUGCCAAAUAUUUACUUCAGGAGCAGAGAUUUUCAGAUAAGCAUACACUAGAUGAAACAUACCAAUCUGGCUUCUAUUUUUGUAAAGUAUUUAGUCUCCUGACUGUUUUUGUUUCACUCAUGUUAGCUCCGUUUUCACAUCAAAACAGAGUGCUACCUUGUAUGGACCCCUCUCCUUUUUUUGGUCACGAGACCCAUGAACAACUUUGCUGCCUCAAUUGCCCGUUUUUGUUUACUUACUGUGGUGUGAAGAAGGGUUCAUUGCUUUCGUAAGCAUUUAUGUGAGGCAGGUGAAGGACGGGGAGCUCACACUCGGGAUGACAGUGGUCCUCGUAGGCACAGGGUUUGCGUGGUGUAUCCAGGUCCUCCCCGAGGCCUGGUGUCGCCGAUGGUAAGGGAAGGUGCCUCAGAACAGCAGUGCAUCUUACACACAUGCAGAGUGAUUUCAAAGGACAGUGACGUUAAAAUUGCUUUUUAUUUACAUAAUUUUGAAAUUAAUGAGCUAUUUUAUUGAUAUUCCAGUCAUAACUUUUAAUUUAAGAAUAUAACUUUACCAUAACAAAAACUGAAAAAUUUCCAUUCAAGUUACUGGAAUUAAUUAUUAAAAAGAAAAAAAGGGGAAGAAUCCUGCUGUUUUCAUUUUUGUAAAUAUAAAAAAGGAAUUUCAAUUAUGAAAAAAUUUUAAAAGGUAAAAGUACAUGUACUUUUAUUUCCUGUCUUAAAGAUUUUGAGUUACAAUUCCGUUUUCAGAUUAUUUCAAGUAUGCUGUGUUUUGAAAUGAGAUCCCAUUUUUUUCCCUCCAGUAUAAAUUGUUUUCAUAAAAAUCUGGUAUUGGUUGUGGCCUAGUGCCUUGGGUUUUACAGAUUUUUCUUUUAAAUGCAAGAAUUUUCAACAAAAUAGUGUUUGUCAUCAGUUUGGUACUAAACACUUAUAAUUACUGUGUAAUUAUAAACAAAAGUACAUAAAGCUUUGAAUAUAAUUAUGUAGCAUAAAAGUUAAGGUUGUUCAUUAUGAUGGCAUCUUAGAAUUAAACAAAGCUAUUACUAGGGCUGAAAAGAACUGAUUGAAUGUGUUGUGAUUAUUCUAAAGAUAAAUGUCUGAAUACAGGGGAUAUUUUGUACUAAAAAUGCUUAUGUGUGUGUGUGCGUGUGUGCGCGUGUGUAUGUGUAAGCGUAUGUGAGUCUGAAAAGACACACACACAACUUGAAUUGCUUUAAUUCACAAGCAUUUCAGUCUCUACUCUGCUCAGCUCCCCAUGCUGAUUCUUUUCAGGUUGAACCAGUUUCUUUUUGCCAAAUGUCAGAACAGGUAUACAUUUUAAAAUGUAAUGCUUUUAAAAUAGUAAAAUGUAAAAUUAGAAGUGCCCACAUAUGAAAACACUGGAGAUCAAGAUUAUCUUUAGUGAAUAUCAUUGCAUAUCUCUGUACGUUCAGUUGUGUUCCUACAAUCCCUGUCAUCCUCCCAACAGAGGCAAUAAAAACUGCAGUGAAAUUGCCA